UUCGCGGGGGCAUUAAAGCCGGCAGAAGAUCCCCAUAAAACGCCCGUCAGUUUGUUUGUUUUUUAUGAGAGUUGUAACCCUAGCGCACACAAAUAAUUAGUGAGCUAUUUUUAUGGAUGAUCGUCGGCGGAGCUGCGCCUGCGCAUUCAAAACUGAGCACUGAGCACCGAGUGAUGGAGAAUCAGGUGCUGGGGGUCUUCUGCCCCAAUCGUAAUUAGAAUUCACAUUCGAACGGAGUGGCGCCCAUGCAAAAAUAUUCAUAACCGAGAAUCGCAGAUAAACGAUGAAGUCAGUCUUAAAAAUUCUUUCCAUCAUUUCGGGCGUGUAGAAAUGGGAGCUCUUAAAUGUUUCACUAUUAUUUUGGUGACCUUACUGGGUCACCGAACUUCGGCCGUGGACUUUCCAGAGUGUGCCAAUGACCCACAAAUGGGAGUUUAUGUGGCGAGCUUGAGUGAUUGCUCAAAAUAUAUUUACUGCGCCGGCCCUGGAUCUUUUGAAGCCGAAUGUUUUGCCGGUUAUUAUUACGAUGAGGAGCUGGAUCGCUGUGUGGAUCAGAAGUUAGUAAAGAGAUGUCAGGAUUCGCCUAUAACAACCACCACCACCACAAAAUCUCCUCCGGUAAUCAAGAAACCUAUUGCCACUCAAAAAACGGAACCACUUUCCAUCACUCUGCGAACUUUACCGAAUGCGGGACCCUGUUAUCCUUAUAUGGUGUGCUAUGAAGGAGCAGGACUAACGAAAUCCUGUACACCAGCUCAUCUGUUAUCAUGCAACCGACCAGAAUCGCGGGAAAACAUUACACAAUGUCGGACUGGAGUUUAUGGAUUUAUGCCACACCCACGAAAGUGUGCUUUCUUUUACUACUGCUCCAGUGGAACCAAGUUCAUCCACCAGUGUCCUUUGAACUACACCUGGAACUACGAGCUGAAGUCCUGUGUGGAACAAUCCGAAAAGAAGUGCUACUCCGAAACACGUGGUCUAAUCAUAAAGGAGUGGUGGAAGCCAUAUCUCUAAUGUUAGGAUAUAGAU